UUCGUCAACUCUGAACGCGAACGUGAAUGCUUUACAAUUAACCACAAUUAACUGUAAUUUACUUCUUCAAAGUAUGUGAUAAGUGCGAGUUUUUGUCGGGAGUGUCGAUUAAAGUAACGGGCGAUUGUCAGAAAGUAUUACUUACUGCGUACGUGAUCGUGACUACCGGUGUUUCAUCAACCGCUUUGUGCGGGAAAGCGAAUUCAAAUUGCUGUAGUACAGUAAGUACAAAUUUUCAUGCACCGGGCACGCGAAAAUGACCACUAUGUGGUAUACCGCUUGAAACUAUGAAACUGCCAUGUUCAUUAGAUGUACAUAUUGAAAAGUCAGUUUGUCGGAAUUAUAUCGGGUAAAACAUUAUCGCGUACGUGUCUGUAUCCGUUGAUUUCUGUUCAAUCGCCGAAAUAAUCUUGCUCUGAGUACUCGUAACAAUGAGUACUCGUAUUGUCGAUCGCUGUAUGUGUGGUAUUCUGUGCUACAAAUAUGUGCGUGGACGCGACGCGGUACGAAGUGAGUUUUGUACAUCUCGCGUUUAUGUUUUGUACUCUACGGUAGGAUUUUUGACGUUGUUUUGAAAGUGAAGUGCGCGAGUGUAAACAAAGGCGAGUGGAUUUCCAGGAAGCUUUCAUCCAUUCUUUGUUAGAGCUAAUGCAAUGGAAAUAUCACGGCAGAAUCUGCAGCGGAUGGAGCAGACUACAAUACCCUAGCUGGUGCAGCCGGAGGCAGCAGCGUACUUAGCUAGGGUACAACAUCGGCUCUCCGUCCCGUGUCGACGGGUUAGGGGAGAGCGAGACGACACGGGAAGAGCGAGAGAGCAAGCGAGCGAGCGGCGAGCGGUCGACGGGGGGUGGCGGGCGUCGAAGGUGCUCCGGCUGGUGGCGAAGCGCGGGGUGCGUGUCGGGGGAUGCGAGAGGAGGGAUGCCAGGCGGCCACCCGCCGCCGGUUCACCCUCACUAACCCGCGACUCGCUCGACUCUCUUCAGUGCGGCCUGAACGGUUAACCGGCCUACUUCUCUCUCCUCCUGCGCUUCGCCGUUUUGGUCCCGCCGUUGCCAGCAGCUUUCGCCGCCGUCGUCGCGACGUUGCACCACCGUCAUCGCCCGCCCCGGGUGCUGGCCGAUCGUCGAUGUGACGCCCGCCGUCGGGAAACAGGAGAGAAACGCAUCCUGACGAGGAGAACCCGUUUCUCUUUCUCUCUCUUCGCGUCUGCGAGAGCAGCUCGCAGCCUCCGCAGCAACCUUCGCCGCUGCGGACAGCCGGCCUAAAGGAGAAGAAGAAGGGUAGUUCGCGCUUCGCGAGGGGGUGCUUCUUCCCGCAUCGUGCUGGUGUUUUCGGACUGUGGGGUCUCUCGAGCGUCUCGCGAUCUCGCAGCCGGGAGAAGAGUUUUGCGGGGAAAGACUUUUACGACACCACGCACACACGCACUCCUUCUCUCACGAGGGUAUCUCGCGCUCUCUCUCGUCUCGACGCGCUCACGACGACGUUUCGCCAAAGGACGACGACGACGAACGGACGCUGCCCCGCUCCGCCGCGGGAAGCCAGACGAACGAUGCUCUACGAACGAAGAAUGUAGACGGGAACGGGGAGGGCAAGCGCGGAUCUGCCUGUCGCGGAUUCGGAGGAGGACAUCGCCGCCGUCUGAAGUUUAAUCGUCUCGAGAGCCACGUCGAGCAACUUUCUCGCGUCUUCCUCUCGCUCCGAGUAGGCGCGAUGUCGAGAAAUCCAAGUUCCUGGCGAACCGGCCCCGGCAGAUUGGAGGCCCUGCUGGCGCUGAGUCUGAUUCUGUUGCUCGUCCUGCAGCACCCGAGCCCUUGCCACGGUUCGCCGUCUCACCGCAGCAGGCAUCAUGAGCACGAGAUGCAGGAGGCCUGGGAGGCGGCGGCGGCGUCGCGCGAGGGCGCCAGGAAUUUCGCGAGAACGAGCGAGGAGCUGCCGGAACCGGCCGCCUUCACCGACAACGAUCCUCUGAUCGUGCGCACGAAGAAGGGCAUGGUCCGCGGUAAGACCUUGAAGGCCGGCACCGGCAAGGAGGUCGACGCCUGGUUCGGUAUACCUUACGCCCAGAAACCUCUCGGCUCACUGAGGUUUCGCCAUCCGCGACCGGUCGAACGCUGGUCGGGCGUGCUGAACGCGACCACCUUGCCGAACAGCUGCGUGCAGAUCCUCGACACGGUGUUCGGGGACUUUGCCGGCGCUACCAUGUGGAACCCGAACACGCCGCUAAGCGAGGACUGCCUGUACGUGAAUGUAGUAGCGCCGCGACCCAGGCCUACGAACGCCGCUGUCAUGGUAUGGAUAUUCGGUGGUGGCUUCUACUCCGGCUCGGCCACUCUCGACGUGUACGAUCACAAGAUCCUCGUGUCCGAGGAGAACGUGAUUCUGGUGUCGAUGCAGUAUCGCGUGGCCAGCCUCGGCUUUCUGUACUUCGGCACGUCGGACGUGCCCGGCAACGCCGGUCUCUUCGACCAGAUGAUGGCCCUGCAAUGGGUGCACGACAACAUCGCCGCUUUCGGCGGCAAUCCCGACAACGUGACGCUCUUCGGCGAGAGCGCCGGUGCGGUCUCCGUCUCCAUGCACCUUCUGUCUCCACUUUCCAGGCAUUUGUUCAACCAGGCGAUUAUGCAGUCGGGCUCGCCGACUACGCCGUGGGCAAUAAUCACGCGCAACGAAUCGAUCAUGCGCGGCAUCCGGCUGGCCGAGGCGGUCGGCUGUCCGCACGAGCGCAGCAAUUUGCGCGAGGUGAUCGACUGCCUGCAAACUAAGGACGCGGAGGAGCUGGUGAAGAACGAGUGGGGCACCCUGGGCAUCUGCGAGUUCCCGUUCGUGCCGGUGAUCGACGGCGCGUUCCUCGACGAGACGCCGCAGCGCUCGCUCGCCACGACGUCCUUCAAGAAAACCAACAUUCUGAUGGGCUCCAACACCGAGGAGGGCUUCUACUUCAUCAUCUACUACCUGACGGAGCUGUUCCGCAUUGACGGCGCCGACGACGUGAAGGUGACGCGCGAUCAGUUCGUCAGCGCGGUGUCCGAGCUGAAUCCUUACGUCAAUCAGAUCGGCCGGCACGCUAUUAUCUACGAGUACACCAACUGGUUGCAUCCGGACGAUCCGCACGCGAAUCGCGACGCCCUCGACAAGAUCGUCGGCGACUACCAGUUCACUUGCAACGUCAACGAGUUUGCCGGCCGUUACGCCGACACCGGCAACACCGUCUACAUGUACUACUACAAGCACAGAUCCGUGAACAAUCCGUGGCCGCGGUGGACGGGAGUCAUGCACGCUGAUGAGAUAAACUACGUCUUCGGGGAACCGUUGGACCCGUCCAAGGGCUACACAGCCGACGAGAAGCGUCUCUCGCAGAGAAUGAUGAGAUACUGGGCGAAUUUCGCCAAAACGGGGGAUCCGAACGUGGACGACGCCGGUAGGAAGACGUCGACUUACUGGCCGCCGCACAACCCUAUCAAUAAAGAGUACCUGACCUUGGACAUCAACAGCACAGAGAUCGGCAGCGGUCCCAGGGUGAGGCAAUGCGCCUUCUGGAAGAAGUACCUGCCGCAGCUGCUCGGCGCCACGUCGAAACUGGAGGUCUCGAAGGAAACCUGCAGCGGCACGAGCCUCGCCGACUCCGGCGCGACCCGGAUACUCCUGAUCUUGAGCCUGUUAUUGACCGGCCUCACUACUCUGCCUCACAUUCAGCACGACGUCAGAGGCAUCGUUUAGCUCCCGGCCGCCGCCGCCGGAUCGGUGGUCGGCCGUCGAGCCGCCGUCCUAGCCCCGUCGAGCAGCAGCAGCCCGUUUUUCCCCUGAAGAAGACGAAGAAGACGUACGCGCGCGAGCGAACGCGAACGGACAGAGACGGCAGAGAGCAGCGAGCGAACGAACGAACGAACGAAACGGGAUGACGACGGCACCGCGCAAGAAACAGACAUAUCAAUAGUAGACGAGUGCUCGAUCGCCGGGGUAUCGACGAUGAAUAAACAAAACACGCCCGGCCUGCGAGAGAGAAGAUCUCUACCGCUCGGUCGGGGAAACUACAGGGCGCCCCGAGGCCCGGUGGAAUCGCAUCGCGACUUUCCGCGCGCGGCUAGGAAUCGUGAGACUCGAGCGAGCCGGACGACGAUCCGACGACGACAAACUACAAACGAGAUACGCCGAGGUAAGAGUAGGCGAGCAGACGCGAGACUCACCAGACUACAACUCGAAACUAUCGGCGAAACUACUACAACGCCGACGUUUAAUUGCGGUAAUUACAGUUCCUACAGAUCAGUCAAUCUGACGCCAUCCACGUCAGCGCGAUAAAGCGGCGAGUAUUCGAAAGGGGUGAGAAUGCGAAAAUUCGGAGACUUUCUCGGAAAUUUGACGAUCUCUCGAAAAUACUGAGGAUUCGAAAGCGCGAAAAUUCCGGUUGUGCGCGGUAAACGAGACUUCGAGAAACGCGAAAGGACGUCCGAAAAUUCGAGGAGCCAUAAAUUCGUAGACGCGCGUGUUCGGGACGGCGAAUAUACGCGAGAUUCGUCGCCGCGUCGUAAAAGUAUCGCUGCGGCAUCGGUCUACCGUCUCGAUCCCGAGAUAUAUCAUUCAGGACACAUCGCGAUAUACUGGCUAUAUACUGUUAUGUGGGUCACCGUCGCAGGGGGGUUUUAUGAACACGAAUCGCCGCGUCGCUUCGCGUUUACCGUGACAUUAUCCCGCGGGAGAGAUGGGGCGGCUAUACAUCGUACGUAGAUAUACCGGAUGUGAUCAAAGCGAGCGUGAGCGUAAUUCCUUCCGAGCUUUACUGGAUAUCCUCCUACGGCGCUUCCGUUUUAAUAUUGAAGAAUCUGCAUUAAAAUAUCUUCGAAAAAAAAACCGUGGAAGGGGAAUUUCUUCGCGCUCUUGUUUCUCGAGAUACGUUCAUCUGGUUGCAAAAAUCCGAUAAAACCCGAUAAAAAUAAUUGAUACAAUCGAAUCGGGAUUCUGUUCCAUAAAUAUCAGAUAUCUUAUCUGAGGCGCUGUUGUUAUUUUUUAUCGGAACACUUUUCACACGCGUGUUUCAGCGUCGUCGAAUAACGCACAUUGCACAGAAUAAAGAUUUAUCGCGUCGGACGCCGCCGGCCUCUCAAAUCAUUGUAACGGAGAAAAUUAAAACGCGAGCAUAAAAAUUUUCGAUUAAGGGCCUGUCUAACGAAAUAGAAAUUGCUUCCUCCUCACUUGUCACACAAUGUGCACCGGCAUGAUGCAUCGCGCGCCGCAUUCGUGCCUAACAGCCGACGAGGAUGAGCGCAAUGCCGUGUGAAAUUGCUGUUGGCCCUCGAGCGAUAGACAGACUGCGAUUCCGCCGCCGCGUCCGUAUUCGCAUUCGUCCGCAUCCGUUAUCUGCACUAUGUGCGUGUUAUAUACAUGCACACACCUACACGUACGUGCACGGUAAGGUGGUAAUGGGGUCCGCAAUUCGAUCUAUACGGUCCGAUACGCGCGCACGUACGACCGCGACUCCGAAUGCCGCGUCGCACAGUCGAUCGCGUUCGUAGGGGAAAAAAGAAAAAAAAAGAAA